GUAUAAUAUGUGGUAGGUCCCUGAACGCCGCAGGGUCAGUGAACGUCUCAGCUCCGUGCUACGUGUACGGAGGUUUGGGCGGUGGAGGGGGAGAACAUCCGGACACGCGCCGGGAUUGGCUCAGCAGAAGUGAAGAAAAGAUCAAUGCAAUGCUGCUUCUCAGACGCUGCCACAGCCUGACUCGAUUUGGCCCUGUCAGCAUUCAAAGGCAUCCGGUGGCCCCUGCUGUGGCAUCCUGCGCGGCCCGUCUCUGGAGCAACAGCAGUGGUGACGACCAGAGGUCGUACCAGCGCGCCCACAGUCCCAGCUGGAGACAUGGCCUGGCAGGACUGCUCGCUGGUACAGGGGCUGUACUGGCGUAUGGCCUUCACAAGCACAAGGCUGAGCAGGUGGACACCAUCAGAACUCCGACCUUAGAGACGACCCUACCUUUUCCCAUCUUCAGCCAGGAAGAGGUCACAAAGCACCGCUCCCUGGAGGAUGGCGUGUGGGUCACUUACCAAGGUGGCGUCUAUGACAUCACUGAGUUUGUGGCCAUGCAUCCCGGUGGGGAUAAAAUCAUGUUGGCAGCAGGUGGUGCCAUUGAACCCUUCUGGGCGCUGUAUGCUGUGCACAACCAGGAGCACGUGUUGGAAAUCCUCUCAGAAUAUAAGGUCGGUGAGCUGAGUGCAGAGGACCUGAAGAAGCAACAGGCUGUGAAAUCAUCUGACCCCUACUCCUCCGAUCCAGAGCGCCACCCGGUCCUGCACAUCAACAACCUGAAGCCCUUCAACGCUGAGCCGCCUCCUGAAAUCCUCUCUGACAGCUACAUCACCCCCUCGGCUUUCUUCUUCAAAAGAAACCACCUCCCAGUUCCUCCGGUGGACCCGGCAUCCUACCAGCUCCAUGUGGAGGGACUUCCCGGAGGAGCUCUGACGCUGUCUUUAGAAGACUUGAAGACUAAAUUCCCCAAACACACGGUCACUGCCACUCUGCAGUGUGCAGGUAACCGCCGUUCUGAGAUGAACACGGUCAAGCAGGUCAAAGGACUAAACUGGGGCAUUGCUGCGAUCAGUAACGCCACAUGGAGCGGCGCUAACCUCAGGGAUGUGCUGAUGGCAGCUGGCUACGGGCCAGAUGUGGCCCAGUGGGCUCGCCACGUUCAGUUUGAGGGGCUGGACCAUGAUGUGACCGGUUCGACCUAUGGUGCUUCCAUCCCUCUGAACAAGGCGGUUAGCGAGGAAGGCGAUGUGCUGCUGGCUUAUGAAAUGAAUGGCAAGGAGCUUCCUGCCGACCACGGCUUCCCUGUCCGUGUUGUGGUGCCGGGCACAGUGGGUGCGCGGAACGUUAAAUGGCUUGGGAAGAUCAUUGUGAGCUCAGAGGAGAGCAGCAGCCACUGGCAGCAGAACGACUACAAGGGUUUCUCCCCCGGGACCGACUGGGACACAGUGGACUUCAAAUCUGCACCGGCCAUUCAAGAGCUGCCCAUUCAGUCUGCCAUCACCACACCGGCCGACGGUGCUGUGGUCGAUCGGUCGGAGGAAGAGGUGAUUGUUAAGGGCUACGCCUGGAGUGGCGGGGGCAGAGAGGUGGUACGUGUGGAUGUUUCUCUAGACGGAGGAAAGACGUGGCAAGUGGCCCAACUGAGGACCAGUGACAAGGGACAAGCAGCCGAACCCUCACCUCCACCAGGACGAGCCUGGGCCUGGAAGCUGUGGGAGGUGACGGCUCCUCUUCCCCCUGAAGCUCAGGAACUUGAGAUAGUUUGCAAGGCAGUUGACAACAGCUACAACAUGCAGCCGGACACGGUGCCUCCCAUCUGGAACCUGAGGGGCGUCCUGAGUAACGCCUGGCACAGAGUGAACGUGAAGAUCAGAGAGGAUGAGGAUGAGGAGGAAUAGACUCACCUCACGUUCUGCUUGCAAACUCAAAUCUGAUAUUUGGACUCAGCAGGGAAAUCAAUGAAGGAAAAAAGAGCAGAUUCACAGAGACCAAGCGCGCACAAUAUAUUUAACGCUUUUCAACUAAUACAGUCGAAUGUUUUCAGUCUUGGAGUUUUUAUGCAGUCACAGUUUCCUGAGGGACUUGAACGGUUUUCAGCAGAACAAACCAUAAACUAAGCUAAGGUUGUAAAUAACUAGAGCAAAAGAGUUUUUAUCAAGUAACGACUUCAUUGAAUUUGUGAGUCUGUAACAUUUAUAGAAAAGAAAAUAUUUACUUUUGUAAACUCCAUCAUCUACAACAGAGUUAUAGUAAAUACUAUAUUAAGAGUUCAACAGUAUUACCAUACAUAAUAAAAAAGUUUGGAUAAUACUUUUGGAUCUAGUAGUACUUAGCCUACUGUAGUAAAGUUUUGAGCUUAAUAUUGUGUCAUUAUUUUCAAUGAAGGCUACUAGAGAUGCUUUUUUCUUUAGAGAGAACAGUUUACUAAGCGCAGACUCAUCUAGGAAUCUUUAAAACAUCGGUAGCUUUUACUUAUCUGCAACUGUGACUUUGUUGAUAAUCUUUGCAACAGACCAUGUUUUUAAGUUUGAGUCAGUGAUUCACCGGAAGAAACUAUGAGAGGCUGAGAUAGUCUACUUCUGCUCUCGUUCAGUAAAGAACAGGUGAACUGUGACCUUUCAGUUUAUCCCCCACUGUCUCCAGAUCCCACUGUGAAGACUGAGGCCGAAUUUAGUCGCUUGAAGACAUUCCUGAAGCCCAGUUGAGACCUGAUUUGUCACACAGGCCUUUAUGUUUUGUGGCAGUUUUCUGAGCGGAGGUGAAACAAUGAUUUAGAUCAAAGUGUUGGCACCUUACAAGGAGACAGAAAAAACAGAGGAAUGUCCUACGAAGCAGGAUUUGCAGUCAGUGAGGAAACCAUAGGUAUAAUUCUGGAUUUUCAGACUUACAUCAGUGGCUCGUUUCGUAAAACCAGUCAACAGCCCAACUCCUGAUCAAUCCGAUCAAUAGAUAACCACCGUUCCUACAGGAUCCUUAAAGGAACAAACAAGUUUUUCAGUAGAGUGUUUCUUUUCUAUUCAAGUUAUGUGAACAUGUUUAUAUUUCACCUUGUUGAACUUCACUAUCUGCUUUAACCAAAUUGAACUGCAGGUAUCUGUGUUUCUCCUCAUAUCAUAUCAUGUUUUUUAUUUAUGGCUCUGAUAAUGUUGCCGGUACUUUAACAAUGAGUCAGUCUUCUCUGUCUCCUUGAGUCUGGGUGUCUUGUUCUGAUAGGAGUAGUGAAGGUCUGUACAUCUCUAUGUUGGGGGCCUGUUGCCUUGGAGUUCUCAAUAAUCUGAAAUAAUUUAAUGUAAGAUUAAAAACAUAAUUUACCAUAUUGUCUUGAUUAAACAUAGACCAGGAAGCUGAAGAUUGUAUAUACAUUAAUGUACCAAAAUCAUGGUGCAUUUCCUGGAUUCAUUUUUUUGCCUUUGGUAGCAAAGUAAAUUCAAAUGGUAAAACUACUUUUACAUAAUGAUUCUUAAAUGUGGCAACAUAAGAAACGGGAUAUAAAGUGACACAGCAGUUUACAGUAAAAGAUGAAAAACUAAAGGAAAACAUUCAAAACUACAGUAAUUCGAGUAGAAGGGAUCGUUCAGGUAGAUUUCCAACAAUAUAAUAACCCUGAAUUAAAGCUACAGUCCCUAAUUUACAUAUCUUAAUGAAUUGGGAGGUAGGAUGUUGUCAUGGCGAUGCCUACUCUGGCCUUUUGCCCUGAGAAGAGAUUAAAGUGAUGCAUGUUCUUCUGCAUGUUGUUAUUUAAGUGGUUUCCAUGCCUGAUAAAUGCAGUGGGACUUAUUUGUUUACCUCAAAGUGGGAAGUUUUCUUUCUGAUCUGUCUUUGACUCAUAAAUGACUAAGAUUGUGGUCAGCAUAAAAACAUUAAUAUAGUCAUUCGAACUGUGGAAUUCUGUUGAUGAAAACCAUGAUGCCAGUGGGAGUACAACUAUAAACUGAUCACUAAGACUUAGGGGAAAUGACAUCAGCAAAGUUACAUCAGCUGCAAAAUGACAUGUCUUAAGAAAAUCAUUUAGGAAUCACUUCCGUUGCAUUAAACUGGACCAAAUGCUUUACAAGCUGUUUGCUCAUGCUCAGUUUUCUGUUUCAUCAGAUUAUUUUGUGUCUUUCUCCCUUUGCUUUUGUGUGUCAAAAACCUCAUUAAAAAACCUCAUUCUUGUA